UGGCCUGUGCGCAUGUGCGAAGGUGUCCAAACUGACAAUGCUUGUGAGAUGAAGAUAGUGUUGUUGCUGCUUCUGGGCUCAAGGAGGACGAGAGGAAUCUACAAGCCGACAAGAUGAGAUCCAAGGCGAGGGCGCGGAAACUGGCCAAAAACGACAGUGAGGCGGUAGAUAGCGUGUUUGCCACAGAGCCCUGCAUGCCCGGUGGUGGCGGAGGGGACAGUGCGGACGAGGAGACAGAAGAUGGCAUCAUGUCGCCCAUCCCCCCGGGCCCCCCCUCGCCGCACCCCAACGACGAGGACUUCACGCCCAAAGAGGGCUCGCCCUACGAGGUGCCCGUCUACAUUCCAGACGACAUUCCCAUCCCCGCCAACCUGGAGCUGCGCGAGUCCUCCAUGCCCGGCGCCGGACUGGGCAUCUGGGCCAGGUGCCACAUCGAGAUGGGCGAGCGCUUCGGACCCUACAGCACCUCCACCUGCACCAGCCUCAAAGAGACCACUUACGGAUGGGAGCAGAUGCUGAACGAUCAUGACGUCUCGUCCCAAGAUGGCUGCAUCAAAAAGGUGGUGGAUGAGAUGGGUAAUAUGAAGUUCUGCAUGGACUCAGAGCUGGACGGCAGUGGGAGCUGGCUCAAGUACGUCCGCACUGCCCUCUCCUACGAGGACCAGAACCUCACAGUCUGUCAGCUCAAUGGAGACCAGAUCUAUUAUAAAGCCAUCAGAGACAUCGAGAUCGGGGAGGAGCUGUUGGUGUAUAUGAAGGACGGGGUUUUCCCGGAGGGAUCGAUGGCACCGAAUCUGGAAGACGAGCACAUGUACCGGUGCGAGGAGUGUGACGAGCUGUUCACCUCUAAGCUGGAGCUGCGGCGGCACCAGAAGUACCAGUGUGGCAGUGCCACGUCGCUCUUCGACACGCUCAGCGGAGACGACUUCAAGCAGGAGAAGGACGACAACGACGAGCCCGUCCACGAGUGCAAGGACUGCGAGAAGGUCUUCCCCAGCGAGUACAGUCUGGGUCAGCAUAUGAUUGUGCACACAGAGGAGAGGGAGUAUAAGUGUGAUCAGUGCCCAAAGGCCUUCAACUGGAAGUCUAACCUCAUUCGGCACCAGAUGUCACACGACAGCGGCAAGCGCUUCGAAUGUGAAAACUGUGAUAAGGUGUUCACAGACCCCAGUAACCUGCAGCGCCACAUCCGCUCGCAGCACGUUGGCGCGCGUGCCCACACAUGCCCCGAGUGUGGCAAGACCUUCGCCACGUCGUCGGGCCUCAAGCAGCACAAGCACAUUCACAGCAGUGUCAAGCCGUUCAUCUGUGAAGUGUGUCACAAGUCCUACACGCAGUUCUCCAACCUGUGCCGGCACAAGCGCAUGCACGCCGACUGCCGCACGCAGAUCAAGUGCAAGGACUGCGGCCAGAUGUUCAGCACCACCUCCUCGCUCAACAAGCACCGGCGCUUCUGCGAGGGCAAGAACCACUACGCCCCCGGGGGCAUGUUCUCCCCGGGCAUCCCGCUGAGCUCCAGCCCCAUCAUGGCCAAGGCCAAGGGCCACCCGGGCCUCAACCACGCCGGCCUGGGCUUCGGCGACUACUUCCCGUCGCGCGCGCACCACGCCGGCCUGUCCUUCUCGCCCGCGUCCUUCCCGGGGCUGCCGCACGGCUUCCCGGGCCUGUUCCCGCACUCGCUGUACCCGCGCCCGCCGCUGCUGCCCCCGAGCUCGCUGCUCAAGAGCCCCAUGGGGGGGCCGCAGGACGGCAAGAUGCCCCGCAGCCCGCUGGACGGCCCUCCGCUCUCGCUGGUCACCUCGCUGGGCAGCUCCGGCAACGGCAACAGCCACGGCGGUCAGAUGAUGGACGGGGAGCGCGGCGAGGGCAAGGGAGAGCUGGCGUACGGCGGCAGCGGUGGUGAGGCGGGCAAGGCCAAGGGCAAGCUGAGCGACGGCUCGGACGCCAGCGACCUGGAGGACGUCAACACCACCAGCGGCACCGACCUGGACACCACCACGGGCGAGAACACGGCGUCCGGCUCCGAGCUGGACAGCGACGGCGAGGAGGAGAGCGAGCGCGAGCGCGAGAAGCGCGAGCGGGUCAGCGGCAAGCAGGACGACCUGGGCGCGCUGGGCAUGUCCGGCUCGGCGCCGUGCCCGGACCGGCCCUUCCUGGGCGGCCACCAGCACUCCUUCUUCCCCCCGCCGGACGAGCAGGCUCUGCCCCCGAGCGCCUCGGCCGCCGGCGCCUCCACCGACUCCAUCAAGGCCAUCGCCUCCAUCGCCGAGAAGUACUUCGGCCCGGGCCUCAUGGGCCUGCAGGAGAAGAAGAUGGCCGCCCUGCCCUACCACUCCAUGUUCCCCUUCCAGUUCCUGCCCAACUUCCCGCACUCGCUCUACCCCUUCGCCGACCGCGCCCUCAACCCCAACAUGUUCUUCAAGGCCGAGCCCAAGUCGCCCCGCGAACAGCAGCGAUCCGGUGCUGCCGGAGCCGAGUCGCCCUUCGACCUCACGACCAAACCGAAGGAGGCGAAAGCGCCCGUGCCCCAGUCCCCGGCGACCAAGGCGGCCGCGCCGGGCGGUACGCCCCUCCUCCCGGGCGAGGAGCAGCCGCUCGACCUGAGCAUCGGCAGCCGCAGCCGCGCCAGCCACAACGGAGGCACGGCGCCCCCUGGCGACCACCGCAAGAACCACAUGUUCGGCAGCGGCGGCGGCGGUAGCAGCAGUGGACUGGCCCAGCACCCCCCUCCCCAGCAGCCCUCCCUGCACUACGCCAAGCCCUCGCCCUUCUUCAUGGACCCCAUCUACAGGGUGGAGAAGAGGAAGCUGAUUGACCCUGUGGGAGCACUGAAGGAGAAGUACCUGCGGCCCUCACCCCUGCUGUUCCACCCUCAGGUGUCGGCGAUGGAGAACAUGACGGAGAAGCUGGAGAGCUUCGGAGCAGCGCUGAAGCUGGACGCGCCCAACUCCCUGCAGCACUCCUCCCACCACCUGUUCAACUUCCGCUCGCCCCCGCCCUCCCUCUCCGACGCCAUCCUGCGCAAGGGCAAGGAGCGAUACACCUGCAGAUACUGUGGGAAAAUCUUCCCCCGAUCGGCUAACCUUACCAGGCACUUACGAACACACACAGGGGAACAACCCUACCGAUGUAAAUACUGUGAUCGCUCGUUCAGUAUUUCCUCCAACCUCCAGAGGCACGUGCGUAACAUCCAUAACAAGGAGAAGCCCUUCAAGUGUCACCUGUGUAACCGCUGCUUCGGCCAGCAGACCAAUCUGGACCGCCACCUGAAGAAGCACGAACACGAGAACAUCCCUGUGAGUCAGCACUCUGGAAUUCUGUCCAAUCUGGGCACGAACAUCUCGUCUCCGAACUCCGAACCGGACAAUCACGCACUUUUAGAUGAGAAGGAGGACUCCUACUUCUCCGAAAUUAGGAACUUCAUUUCUAACAGCGAGCUAAACCAAGCGUCCAGCUCUACUGAUAAAAGGUCAGAGGUUGUGGAGGAGGAGCGUCCCACAGGCCUUGCCCUGUCAGGCUCCAAGCUGAGCUCGGAGGCUCUGGAGGAAGAGGAGGAGGAGGAGGUGGAGGGCGACGAUGAAGACGAGGAGGAGGGGAGCCUGACGGAGAAGUCUCAGGACGAGACGGCCUCGCCUGCCACCAUGGGCCAGGGGGCCUUCGACGAGGAAGAGGAGCCUGCGUCACUGGCCAUGAGCUACGAGCACACCCGCAGGUGUAUAGAGGAGGACUCGGGGCUGUUAGACUUGGAGCCCUUGCCUCCGUUCCCCAAGGCCAUGGAGCUCCAUAAGGCAUCUGAGGAGCCGUUUGACGUUAAAGACAUUUUUAACACCUCCAUAGAGUCGGAGGCGCUCAAAGAGACGCUGUUCAGGCAGGCUAAAACCCAGGCUUAUGCAAUGAUGCUGUCUCUGUCUGAGAACAACCCUCUGCACGCGUCCUCCCAGAGCUCGCUGGACGCCUGGCUGAACAUGGGCGGAGGCUCGGCCGACACCAGCAGCUUCCACCCCCUCAACCACAUCUAGCCGCCCGGAGAGGACCAGAGGGAGAGCAGGCAGACACCCACACCGCCACGACUGGAGGGGAGGAGAGAGAGAGAGAGAGUGAGCGACGGAUAGAGAGAAAUAGAGUGAGAAUGAGAGAGAGAAAGAGAGAGACACGCCAGAUUCAUACAGACCUGCUGUCCACCGUGAGAGGAAGCGACAGAGCUGAGGCCUGCUACCUGAUGACAGAGCGCGGUUGCCGUGGACGCGGUCUUUAUUCUGUAGCUGUAAAGGACAAAAGAAAACAAUAACAACGACAAAGUGACUAACUCCUCCCCCUCCUCUGCAUCAGACGCUCCUGACCAAUCUCAGACCAAGACUGCUACAGUGAGCCACAGAA